AUGGGUCUAGGUUUGUUACCAAGAAAUUCUUCCUUCAACCUGUUAUUCAACCAUUUACAUGAAUUGGGUUUAGAAAGAAGCCUUUACAGAAAGUAUUAUGGUGCUUCUUCAGUACAGUUAUUGUAUGAUUCUGAUAAAGCUGUUAUUCCGAUAAGAAGAUCACAUAGUUGCAAAGGUCGCAAGCUUUAUUCAGUUAUAGUGAGAGUAUGCAAGUCUUUGAGUUGGGAAGUUGCAAAAGAAAUCCCUUUUAAAAAAGCUAUGAAAAAGUAUGGCUUGUCUCAUUCGAUAAAUGCCUUUAGCGCGAUGGUACAUAUUUUUGUGUUGGCACGGAUGGAUAGGGAAGUGUAUGCUUUGCUCAAAGAUAUUGUUUUCAACUUUGAGAACACUGGUAUUGACUUGCGUAAUGUAUUCCAUUUUGCUCUGCAUUCGUCACCUAAUAAUGCUACAAGUUCAACUGUUCUAGCUGAUGAACUAGUCAAGGUGUUUGCUGCAACUAAACUGCUUGAUCAUGUUAUUGAUGUUGUUAAUCAGGUCAAGAAAAUAGGGCUUAAACCGAGCAUUUAUUCAUGUAAUUUCUUACUGAAAUGCUUGGCAGAAGCAAGCCAAAAGGAGAAUCUUGUAACUCUAUUUGAGGCAAUGAAGAAAUUUGGACCAUCACCUAAUGUGAGGACAUACACAAUCAUGAUGAACUUCUACUGCACAUAUUAUCCAGGGCAACAGACCGGCGUAGAUAUAAAAGAAGCCUAUAAAAUUCUGAAAGAAAUGUGGGAAAAGCAAGUCAGCCUUUCUACUGCAACAUAUAGUGUAUGGGUCCAUGGACUUUGUAGAAUUGGAUGCCCUGAUGUUGCUUGGAAAUUCAUUCGGAAGCUGAGGUAUGAGAACCAACCACUGAAUUCUUACUGCUAUAAUGCUAUUAUUCACGGAUACUUUGCUGAAGGUGAAGUAAGUAAAGCUAUAAGCGUUUUCGAAGAAAUGAGGAGUUUUGGAAUAACACCAGAUGUCUGUAGCUAUAUCAUUCUAAUCGGUGGGUUCUGCAAAUUCGACAGUAUUGAUAGAGCAUUGUGUUUUAUUCAGGAUAUGCAAGAUAAUAACAUCAAGCCUAACCCAAUUAGCUAUAGCUCAAUUCUUAAGGGUUUGUGCAACAUUGGAGCAGCGUAA